GAGAACCAUGUGGUGAAGGAGGAAUUGGACCUGCUGGACCCCUCUAACUCUGUCUACAAGCUCAUUGGGCCGGUGCUGGUGAAGCAGGACACGGAGGAAGCCAAAGCAACCGUGGGAAAGAGGCUGGAGUACAUCACAGGGGAGAUCAAACGCUACGAGGCUCAGAUUCAGGACUAUGAGCGGAAGUCGGAGCAGCAUCGGGAUGCCCUGGGCCGGCUGCAGCAGGAGUUCCAGCGGACCCAGGGCAAGGUGUCCGUCAAAACUUGAAGGGGCAGUGCAGAGGGAGGAGUGGGCCAGCCAGCCCCCAGGCCUGCCAUUUGGGCCUUUUUGGAUCCCUUCAAAUAAAAUUCUGUUGGACCUUU